UGCGCCCACAUCGACAACAAGGCGAGGCGAACGGGGACGUUUUCCGUCCCUCCAAAACCCGCAGACCGAACGCGGGCGCCAAUUCCCGGUAAAUCGCAACGAGAGCCGGCCGGAGGAGCGGCGAGACAGGCGCUGCGCGGGACGCCUGGCCGAGCCGGGAUAGGGGUCCUGGCGGUAUAUAUGCGGCUGCGCAGCCGGCCGGCUCCGUGGGUGCAGGAGCGGCCGCUGAGGACGCGACCGCCCGCCUACCGGAACAGCAGCGCCGUCCGAGGACGAGGAGGAGGAGGAGGAGGUGGUGACGGCCUUCGUGGAGCGGCUCCUGGCACAGGGCUGAGCUCCAAGCGAGUGAAGAGGGGGCCGCUUGCCUGCAGGCCCUGAAGCCGGGGGCUGGCGUGGCCGGGGUGUCCGGCCCCCACGCCCUGACAACCAUGUACUGCCUGCAGUGGCUGCUGCCCGUGUUGCUCAUCCCCAAGCCGCUGAACCCGGCGCUCUGGUUCAGCCACUCCAUGUUCAUGGGCUUCUACCUGCUGAGCUUCCUGCUGGAGAGGAAGCCGUGCACCAUCUGCGCCCUGGUCUUCCUCGCCGCCCUCUUCCUCAUCUGCUACAGCUGCUGGGGCAACUGCUUCCUCUACCACUGCGGCGGGGCGCCGCUGCCCGACUCGGCUCACGACCCCAGCAUCGUGGGCACCUAGUUGCAGCGAGCCCACUGCCCACCCAACACCCAGCCACCCUCCCCGGCACACAGUCGCCUCUAAAUUAUUCUCACCUUCCUGGUGGCCGUCUCUUCUCCGACUCCCCUUAGGCGAGUGGACGCGGUGAUCUCG